AUGGCCAUUUCUGACAUAGCCCUUCAGUCCCUCCGUGGCUCUCUCACCUCCUCCACGAUCUACACUCCCUCAGACCCUGGCUACCAGGAAAGUCUGCGUCGAUGGUCCGACACGGGCGUUAAACAGGCGGGUGUGGUGGUUCAACCCACUGAAACCACCGAUGUCCGCGCCGCCCUUCUCUGGGCCCAAGAGCACAGUCUCGAUUUCGCCGUCAAAGGAGGCGGCCACUCCGUUUCCGGCACCAGUUCCAGCGAAGGCGGCCUAGUGAUCGAUCUCUCGCGCAUGAACCAUGUCACCGUGCACGAGGAAUCCAAGACCCUGACCGUGCAAGGCGGCGCCGUGUGGAAAGACGUCGACGAAAAAGCCGCCCAGUACGGCCUCGCCGCCGUCGGCGGAACAGUCAACCACACCGGCGUCGGUGGCCUCACCCUCGGCGGUGGCUACGGCUGGCUAAGCGGAAUGUACGGCCUCACGAUCGACAACCUCCUGGCUGCGACGGUCGUACUGCCUAAUGGUGAGAUCGUCUCCGCGUCGGAAUCCUCCCACCCAGAUCUCUUCUGGGGUCUGCGUGGCGCCGGCUACAACUUCGGCGUCGCCGUCGACUUCACCUUCCAGGGCUACGAGCAGACUAACUCGGUCUACUCGGGUAUCGUUUCCUUCGGGCCCGAGAAACUCGAGUCCGUCAUCUCCGCGUUGAACAAACAAAUGGAGAACCCGGACCCUAAGGCCGGAGUGAUGUGCAUUCUCGCGCAACCCCCGGGCGCACCUACUCUCAUGGUGAACGUACUCGUCUUCUACAACGGCACCCAAGAAGAGGGCGAAUCGCGAUUCGCGGAACUUCUCGCCCUUGAACCCGUCGCCAACAUGAUCUCCAUGAUCCCGUACUCACAGCUGAACUCGCUCCAAAACCCCAUGGCGACCUACGGCGACCGCAAGACCUUCAAGGGCCUGUUCUUCCAGACUCCGCUGAACGCCGGAUUCCUGCGGACUGUGCUCGAUGAUUUGAACGCGAAGAACGACGCGCAUCCUGACCUCAUCCCGGCGCUGCUGCUCGAGUGGUAUGAUAUGCGGAAGACGUGCAGUGUGCCGUUGGACGCGACCGCCUUUGCGAACCGCAGUGCGACGCAGAACGGACUGUUGAAUCUGAGAUGGUCCGGUACGGAGAUGGAUGGAACGCAUCGCGCGUGGGCACGGGAGAUUCAGGCUAGCUUCAAGAGCGAGUUUGAGAGGGUGCACGGCAAAGGUGGCGAGGACGACGAUGUGCCGCAGUAUAUUAACUAUGCGGAGCCCGGCGACGCGGUCGUGAAUAACAUCUACGGUCAGAAUCUCCAGAGGCUGAGGGAUGUGAAGAAGCGAUAUGACCCCGGGAAUGUAUUCAAUAAGAUGCACCCGAUCGUUAUCGACCAGCUCUGGGAGCUGGAAAACAAUUUCUGGACGCAGUUCUUGUACCCGGCGAAUGUGAAACAGAUCAAUGCGACAGACGAGUCGGUAUUUGCUGAAGAUGUCCAAGGCCGCGUCGACAUCACCCGCACCUUUGACGGCCGCGAGCUCAACAACGAAUACAUCUUCGGACUUUUCACGCAACCCGACACCGUUAGUCUCACCGGAGUGCCCAUAAACUACAACAUCACGCAGUUCGCCGCAAACCAGAACAUCGCGUCCGCGACCACCGUGCUAACAUUCAACGUGACAACCUUCGGCGUGCUCCUCCCCCUCGUCAUCGACACAUGGAUCGAGUUCAACGCCGACGGCAAGAUCGCGCAAUACGACGCCACGUUCCGCUGGUUCGACUACUUCGUGAGUACUUUGCUCGGCGUAGCAGCGAAACGAUUCAACACUACCGACGAGGCCGAAGUGCAGAAACAAGUAGCGGGGAUUGUUGCGCCGACGGUGUGUGACCAGAGUAUGAAGUACUGUGGGGAUUAUGAGCACUAUGAGAGUCGGGAUCAGUGCAUCGAGUAUCUGACGAAGGAGACGCGGUUCGGGCAGCCGUUUGAGUUGGGUAAGAAUACGUUGCUCUGUAGGGAGGUGCAUAAGCAUAUGGUUGGGUAUCGGCCGGACAUUCACUGUUCGCAUAUUGCGCCGUCUGGGGGCGCUUAUUGUGUGGAUGAUAUGGAUUAUCAGCAGGUGGUGCUGCAGAAGUAUUUUGAGGAUUCGUGGGUGGCGAAUGGGUUCGCCGAUGAGAAUAUUUGGGUUGCUUGA